AUCGAUCCAUAUCGAUCCAUUCGGAAUCUCCCUCCACGUGGAUCCCUGGUCCGUGUGACAUGGAUAUCGCCUGCUUUGCCUUCGAGGCAAUCCACAAGGAAAAUCUGCGGGUCCUUGCCUUUCCUCCUUGACCUCAUCUCAUUCGCCUCUCCGACUUCUCCUGUCAUCCACUUCCGCCUCCACUUCCCACCUCCAACUUCCGCCUCGAGCAGCCUUCGCCCCGCCGCCGGUCAUGUCGUUUUCAGCCGGAACGGUGGCGUCAGCAUCCCCUGCUGUUCAAACAAGCCUCACUCGUUUUGACCUGUUCACUAUCCUCGUCACAAACGAAACAGUCUCAAAGCGGACUCGAGCCAUCCUCAAUACCAGCAAGACUUGGGAGGUGUGCCUGUCCCCCGAUUUGCAAAUCACGACCGAGUUUCUGUUUGACGGCGUCCAUCCCUCCAUCAACCGCCUGAAUGUGCUGCGUGGGCUUUACUGCUAUGUACUUCGCCGAAAUCAGCAACAGUCAACCAGCGCACUCAUGUCGGAGAAGGAGAGUGGGCUCUGGCACGAAGUCUAUCGCGAUGCUAUGCUCUACAACCGAGUUCGGCGCUACUGCCAAGUAACAGACCCAGCAUUCCGCUUCCCUGACAAUCGAACGGCAAGCCCAUACGAGUGGCUCUCAGUCGAAGAAACAAUCAAGGUUGCCGAAGAUGAAGAUUUCGACAUAGGGUCGCCAAUACAGGUCCGCUCUGGGCUCUACGAAGUGACGAUUCGACCCAGCGAGGCCCCGGACACAGGCGCCUGCCUGUCCAGGCUCCUGCCCUUUGAUAUCCCAGAGAUCGACAGCGCGAGCAGCACGUCGCUGAGAAUCGAGAACAUGUCGUUUAUGAAAGUGUCCGGAUGGCUCAAGGUGCUGCCUUCGAUUCGGUAUCUGACCAUCACCAGGGACGAUCCGUACCUGAACUCACGAGUCGACGAUGUGCUCACCAGCUUGAUAGGCAUGCCAUAUGUGCUGCCCUCGCUUACAUGGCUCUCCAUAUACAGCCACUCGGACUUGAAAUCACUCAGGGGGAUGCCUGAGAUGCCCAAUGUGGAGACGCUCUUGAUCACCGGCAGCAUCAAGAGCCUGGAAGGAAUGCCCAAGGAGCUACCCUCGCUUACCAAGCUUGACCUGGCACGAUGUACCUUGACGUCGCUCAGGGGAAUGCCUGAGAUGCCCAAAUUGGUGAAGCUCUCGAUUGUUGGUCAAUUUGAGAACCUGAAAGACAUGCUGAAGGCACUGCCCUCGCUGGUGGAAUUCAAUUUAACCAUGUACGGAAGACUCACGUCGCUUGAAGGAAUGCCCGAGAUGCCCAAGCUGGUCGAAUUCAAUAUACCCGAAAGCGUUGAGGAUCUUGUGGAUGUCCCUAAGGAGCUCUCCUCCCUCACCAAGCUCACGAUCUGCUCGCGCAGACCAACCAACAUCAUACACCAGCUCCCAAGAACUCCAAAGCUUCGCCACCUUGUCAUAACCAACCUCUAUGUGAAGCUGGUCGAUCUCUGUGUCAACCAAAGCUCAUUGAAGAUCCUUGAUCUGACAGUGUGCUAUCAAUUGAAGUCGUUGGAUGGGCUUCCAUCGUAUCCCUGUCUGGAGAUUCUCUAUGCCCCUCGAUCAGUACGAAAGAUCAGUAAACUGGCCGAGAAGCUCCCUUCUCUCAAGUCCUUGUAUUUGGAAUCAAAGUAUCCCCAAAGUACCGAUCGAAUGUCAUGGAUUGCUGGAAAGUAUCAGAAGAUGUGCGACCGCAUCAACCAUCGGUGGAAGAUAUGCUGGGCGUCAAACCUUCCGCAGGGCUGUCGGAUCAGCUAUUACCAGUUCAAGUUCGUUUACGACUACCACCCACGUUGAUUGCUUGUGGUGGUGCUAUGUGUGCCAAAGCCGACCUUCAAGUGAUAUCCUUGCUUCCAGCGAUUGCUACUUCUGUUCUGGCUGCGUUUCUCCGCCAAAGUUCAUUUACUGGUUUCGUUUCUUAAAUUAAGAAGCCAUAUUCGUGACCACACUGAGUUCCGAGAUUAGAUCAAGAUUUACUGAGAAUCUUCCACUCGAGUGCCUCGGCCGUUGGAGCCGACUCUGAACGUGUAUUAUCGACGAAUGGGAUGAGCCAGACCCGCUUGAAACGAGGUGUUGCCCAAACACUCCGUGAUGUCCAGAGCUUUGAAGCACACAGACUGGAAACGGCGUGCAGCGCUGUACCAGUCAUGAGUAUCUUCUGCAACAUUCUGCUGCAUCUGCUCGAUCCUUCCUGUGACUGCGAAAGGAUUGCUGUGCGUUUGCCGCGCGGCUCGUCUGGAUCUUCAAUACA